AUGUCGGCACUCCCAGUACCACUGAAUGUACGAGCGGAGGACGAGGCUAUUCUCAAGCUUCCUUCGGAGCAUGGGCCCGCGUCUCUGCCAGUGUCUAAUUCGACCCGAUCGUUCUGGAUCGAUACUCCGGGUGCAAAUCCCCAUGCGAGUGACGGCAGUGAUGGGACUCUGACCACGGAUGCGGAUAUUUGCAUCAUUGGAUCCGGGAUUACUGGCGUUUCCGCUGCGUACCAUCUCUCACAACUACUGGCAAACAGCACCGCCUCGGCGCGGCCUCUGAAGGCUGUAAUCCUGGAAGCACGAGAUUUUUGCUCAGGCGCAACAGGCCGUAACGGUGGGCACCUAGCACCUCACGCCUUUUCGGACUUUCGAGGUCAUGCCGAGAAGCACGGUACAGCGGAGGCUCUGCGCGCGGUAGCAAUGGAGUUCUACACCGCCUCGGAGAUCGUCAAGAUCAUCAAGGAAAAGAAGAAGGAAAGCAUCGUAGAUCUCGUCGAGGGUGGACGUAUGGAACUACUGAUCAGCCAGCAAGAAGUCGUGAACGAGAAGGCGAACUACGAAGCUGCAAAAGCAGCAGGAGCCAAUGUCGCAGGAGUUACUUGGUUAACAAAGGAGGAGGUUGAAGCUCGCUAUGGAGCUCCUUACCCGGGUGUAAACAUGGAAAGUCAUAAUCUCUGGCCUCUCAAGGCUGUAGCUUUCCUUUAUGAGCUUGCUUCAUCUUCGCCCGACCUUGUGCUCACUUUGCACACACGUACUCCGGUCACUUCAAUUACCCCGCUGGAAUCCGAGGCGGGCCCGACAUCCCGCCGUUGGAACGUGAAUACCCCAAGAGGCGCUAUCGCGUGCUCAUACGUGCUGCACGCUACCAACGCGUAUGCGUCGCAUCUGCUUCUUCACCUUCAGGGACCUGCGGGCAUCGUUCCAACGCGUGGGCAGAUCAUCGCGGUCCGCGCGGAUGCACCCGAAGAAAAAGUCACGAAGAGCGGGUACAUCGCAAAUGAGGGUCUUGAGUACUGGUUUCCCAGACCCGUAGAAGCCAACCAGACGAGUCCCCUCGUCAUCCUAGGUGGCGGACGCGAGGUAGCUCCUAAGCAUGAGUUCCACGAGACGGACGAUUCCGUGUUGAAUAAACAAGUUGGUGCGGUGUUGAGAAAGUUCCUUCCGAGCGUAUUCCCCAGCUUGUACAACGUUAAGGAGCCCGAGAUGGAAUGGACUGGAAUCAUGGGCUUCACAGCGUCCGGCGAUCCAUUUGUUGGACCUGUAGUGGACCCCGCCGAUCCGGCUUCGGUGGCGUUGUACAAAGGCCAAUACAUCUCAGCGGGGUACUCGGGACAUGGUAUGCCCCGUGCCUUUGCGUGUGCUGAAGUGGUCGCGCAAAUGAUUGUGGCGGAUAUCACUGGAAAAUCGUGGACUGCUCCAAGCUGGCUUCCGCACCAUUAUCUCACGACUUAUUUGUAG